CUCCAGGUUAAAAGUUAGGGUUUCGAGCCUCUUUAUAAAGAAAGAAAACCCUAAUUUUUUCUUCUUCACCGCGCACCACACUGAGAGGAAGAGGGAGUGAGAGUGUUCUUCGUUUGUUACCUUCUCUCAGAAAUGGUUACGUUCAGGUUUCACCAGUACCAGGUGGUCGGGAGGGCUCUCCCAACGGAAGCAGAUCAGCAUCCGAAGAUCUACCGAAUGAAGCUCUGGGCCACCAACGAGGUUCGCGCCAAGUCUAAGUUCUGGUAUUUUUUGAGGAAGCUGAAGAAGGUAAAGAAGAGCAAUGGUCAAGUUCUUGCUAUCAACGAGAUUUUUGAGAAGAACCCAACCAAGAUUAAGAACUACGGGAUAUGGUUGCGGUAUCAGAGUAGGACUGGUUACCACAACAUGUACAAGGAGUACCGUGACACCACUCUAAACGGUUCAGUUGAGGCAAUGUACAAUGAGAUGGCUUCUCGCCACAGGGUCAGGAGCCCAUGCAUCCAAAUUAUCAAGACUGCAACCAUCCCAGCUAAGCUUUGCAAGAGGGAGAGCACCAAGCAAUUCCACAACUCCAAAAUCAAGUUCCCAUUGGUCUUCCAGAAAGUUAGACCACCUACCAGGAAGCUGAAGACCACAUACAAGGCCAAAAAGCCCAAUUUGUUUAUGUAAUGUGGUUGAUGAAUGUAUCAGAAAUACUUAAGGGUGUCUUCCAGGCGUUUUCAGUAGAAACGUACCCGUUGGUUUUUUACUUCCUGAUUUUUGUUUGAGGUUUUUUUUUUGGGUUUAUCUUUAUGUUUCUGUUGGAUAUUAUCUUGAUCAUUAUGAUAAUUGAGUACUAGAAUUGAACAAAUUUAUAUAUAUGGCCGUCAAUCCAGAUCUUAUUAAUUCUGAA